AUGUCUCUGAACUACGAGGGUCGUUUACUGAAUGCUAUGCGAAACCAGAAUACGUCCACCAUUCAGAUGUUACUGGUGAAGGAUUCAUCAAUCCAUGAAGACCUACGGCAGCUGACCAGCAGAGCGGCAGGAUCUGCUGAAGUCUACGCCUUCCAGCAGGCUCAUGCGGACGGUCAUUGGUGUGGUAAAUUAUUCUGCGAUGUCUCAAUCACUUGUGAAUACGUCUUCCUGAUGUUCUGGCUCAAGCUCGAUAUAAGCAAAGACCAGGGAGCUUUCGUUCAUCAUAUCCAGAGAGCACAAAGAGCAGACGGUUCUUGGGGACUCGUGCCAGACGCGCCCGGUCAUGCUUCUCGGUCUACAGAAGCAUAUCUUGCUCUAAAGUUGCUUGGGGUCGACCCAGAGCUACCUCUAAUGCGGCGAGCCCGAGCUUUCAUAUUGUCACAAGGAGGAAUGGCAUCAAUACGCAAUAUUACCCGAAUCUGGCUUGCUCUAUUUGGAAUACUUCCUUGGAGUGCUUUGCCUCAAAUGCCGGCCGAACUGAUUCUCUUCCCGUCGAACACGCCAUUCAGUGUGUACAAGUUUGCUUCCUGGGCCCGAGCCCUCAUCGUACCACUUCUUAUCCUUGACCAUCACAAACCGGCUUUCGAUUUGCCCGAUACUGAGACUUCGAGCGACAGAUACCUCGACGAGCUCUGGCUUGAUCCGCUCAAGAAAGACAUCGCAUACGGGAAAUCCUAUACUUCCUUGGCUUCAGAUCGUGAGUGGACAGCAUUGGCAAUGAAGCUUAGUGAUAAGUUUUUGUAUCACCUAACGUCAACUGGUCUCUUUCCUAGCAGUUGGACACGGAAGAUGGCGUUGCGUAAAUGUCUGGAAUGGAUCUUUGCUCAUAUCGAACCCUCGGGACACUACCCGCCUGGCAAUCCGCCGGGCUUUAUCGCAGUGGUUGCAAUGCACGUUGCGAACAUUGGCAUGAACGACCCAUGCUUCGUCCGUGCUUUGCAAGCACUUGACACAUUCGUUAUACGUGAGAAGGGUGAAGCGUGGGUUCAGACAACCGAUUCGCCUGUAUGGGACACGAUCUUGAUGUCAACAGCUCUGCUUGACCUCGAAUCUGGCCUUGGGGAACGGGUCGAAGUCAGAAAAGCUCAUAUCAGGGAUGCUCUUCAAUGGGUCAAAGACCGCCAGAUCAAGUACGGCUCUUCUGGAGAUUGGCGUACCUACAGACCUCUCAUCAAUCCUGGCUGCUGGAGCAUUCAAUACUUCGACACAUGGAAUCCAGAUCUUGAUGACACUGCCGCAGCAGUUAUUGUAUUGCUCAAGCACGACCCAAGUCUGGUAGAAUCCGACAUUAUUGUUUCUGCUGUGGAGUGGAUUCUCAGGAUGCAGAACUCAGACGCUGGUUGGGGGACGUUUGAGGCAGAGAACACCAACUUCUACCUUGAGAAAUUACCAUUCUGUGAUACCAGUGGUCUUUUGUGUGACGCGUCAAUGCCCGAUGUCACCGGUAGAGCACUCGAAGCACUAGGUAUGUUUCUUGCUCAAUUGAGUGGCGCAAAGAAAGAAGGAGCUAUGGAGUUACACGACCGCUUGAAGCGAGUCCAUCAAGCUUGCGACCGAGCAAUUCAGUACCUGAUCACACAUCAAGAGGUCAACGGAGCUUGGUAUGGUCGAUGGGCCGUUGACUACAUCUUCGGAACCAGUACCGUCCUCUGUGGGUUGCAGUACUUUACCGGUCUCACAGAGUUCCAUCAUCUCAAUGAAAACGUCGAACGAGGUCUCCGUUUCCUAUCGAGCUGGCAAAAUACAGACGGCGGUUGGGGUGAAUCCAGUCGUUCGUACUCCUGGAAGCCCUGCGAAUAUAUUGAGGGCAAAGACAACGACAUUCCAACCUGUGGUUCGACACCAUCUCAGACAGCAUGGGCGCUAAUGGGUCUUCUGGCAUACCUCCCAGCUGGAAAUUCCAGCGUCCAGCGAGGUAUCAAGCACCUGAUUGAUACUCAGACUAUAACUGGUCAGGACUUGACGGAUCAAGGUACAGGAGUCAAUGGUACUACCGCGGAGGUUCAGGGCAAGACCUGGCCAGAGGAAGUCAUUCACACUGGCACUUCACUACCUGGCUGGAUGAUGUUGCGGUAUGAGUAUUACAAGCACUAUUUUCCGAUGAUGGCUCUUGGUCGGUAUCUGGCCAAGGUGGAGGAGGCUGAAGCUUUAGUGCAGUAG